AUGGCUCCAAUUCCUAUUGCCCUCUGUGGCAAAAGCUCCUCAAUGGCGACAUCUUUCUCGGACUCCAUGAUGCCCGAAUACAAAGUUGUCCACCAUUUCCAAAGCACCGGCGCCGUGCACAAGGAACUUCCACUUUUGAUGAGCGGCAAGCCGUUCACACCCGAAUCAGACGUCGGCUACGAAUCGGACGCUGAGAAGCGUCGCAUUCCUCGAGCAGUCAUGGUCGGUGCCGGCUUCUCGGAAGCGGAGCUUGAGGACAUGCGUAAGGUGGAAGGUGCUGAGAAGUUACCGUGGCUGUUCCCUGAUGCGCUCAAGACGGCGGCAUCGACGCUCUCUGGGCCAUUCUUGAUGGAUGUUAUUGUGCGACGCGUAAAGGGCUGUCUGCGUUACAACGGCCUUGAGGAAGGGAAGGAGGGCGAUAUCAAGGGUGGCGUUUGGAAGUUCUGA